AUGGCUCUGGACAGCGAGCGUAAGGAGCUGCUGUUGAAAUCAUUGAUAGAGCUGGGGGAGGACAACUUCAAGUCCUUCAAGUUCUACACAAACCUGCCUCAAAGCGUAUGUGAACAUGCCGACCGGGUGGACAUUGUCAACGCGCUGGUGGAGAAGCACGGCGAGAAUGCUCUGGAGGAGACCAUCAAGGUUCUGGAAAAGAUCGGUAACAAGAACUUGGCUGAGCGGUUGCGUCACAACAUGCUGGAAACAACAGGCGCCGUCUUCUCCGUCUACAAUGAAGAUCAGAUAUCCAGAUUGAAGGCGGACCUGCAAGGCAACCUGCGGAGUUUAUACAGUUUUGUUCCUGAGGGCAACACCGAGCGUCGGCAGCAGCAGACUCUGGCUGACGUCUACACGGAGCUGGAUGUCACCAACGGGGCCGACGUCAGGCCCGACGAGCGGCACGAAGUCCUUCAGAUGGAGACCUGCGCCGCGGCCAAGGAGUCUAUUCUGCCGUGCGACAUCUUCAAAAGUCCUAACGGGACACAGCGACCGGUACGCACGCUGCUUACCGUCGGCUUCGCGGGAAUCGGAAAAACCUUCCUGGUUCGAAAGUUUGUGUGGGACUGGGCCAACGGGAAUACCAAUCAAGAUGUGCACUUCAUAUUUCCCUUCACUUUCCGCGAGUUGAACAUGGACAAAGGAAAAAGCUUUACGUUAGCAGAGCUCAUCCGACUUUAUGUGUGCGAGAGCAGGCACAUGAGCGAGGAGACCCUGAACAAAAUAUUUGCCGACCUGCAGACGUCUGGGAAGCGGGACUACGAAAGCAGCAGGAUCAAGAUCUUGUUUGUCCUAGAUGGACUGGACGAGUGCAACUUCAAAAUGGACUUGAAGAACCACACCAAAGAAGACAUUGAUGUGACAAAGGCCUACCCACUGGAGGUACUCCUGGCGCACCUCGUCAAAGGGAACCUGCUUUCUCCCGCCCGGGUUUGGAUAACCACGCGGCCCGCGUCGGCCCGCGAUAUCCCCUCCGACCUCAUCGACAGCCGAACAGAAGUGAGAGGAUUCAGUGAUUCCCGGAGGCUGGAGUACUUCAGGAAAAGGUUUCCAAAUGAGGAGCGCGUCAUCAAGCACAUCCAGAAAUCUCGCACCAUCUUCAUCAUGUGCCACAUACCAGUCUUCUGCUGGAUCACUGCAACAGUUCUUCAGGAUCAUUUAGACAAAGGGAAGGAGGGAGAGCUUCCCACAACGUUGACCGAUAUGUACACAGAGUUUGUGUGUUACCACUUAGAAAAGUCAAAGGAGAGAAUGAGGAUGGAGUAUAUCCCUGAUGUGAAAUCGCUCGCAAAACUGGCCUUUCACCACACCAUGAGUAAGCGUCAGAUCUUCUACGAGAAGGACCUGGAGGACAGCGGCUUUGAUUACAGCCAAGCCGCUAAACACUGCGGUUUGUUUACAGAGGUUUUUAUGGAGGUCCGUCCUCUCAGAAGAAACCAACAAGGCAAGAUGUUUCAGUUUGUUCAUCUGACCAUCCAGGAGUAUCUGGCCGCACUCUAUGUCAUUAUGAGCCUCUUCCAGGACAACAAGAACGUACUGGACUCAGGAUGGAAAAAAAUGUUCAUGUCUUUUAAGCAGAAGGCAAUCACUGAGGUCCAUCAGUCAGCUCUCCAGAAAGCCUUGGAGAGUGAAGGAAACCUGGACCUGUUCCUCCGCUUCCUCUUUGGCCUUUCCUUGCCGUGCAACCAGGAACUACUGGGGGAACUGCUGAAGGCUCCUGAGGACUGUGGGCAAAGCAAGUCAAAGACAGUCAAGUUGAUUAAGAAAAGAAUCAAACGGAACACUCCAGAGAAUAACGUCAACUUCUUCUACUGCCUCAACGAGCUGAAGGACAACUCCUUGCUGAAGCAGAUCCAGCAGGAACUAGAUUCAGCACGUUUAUCCUGGCGUCAAAUGUCAAAUGAUAUGUGGUCAGCCCUGGCCUUCUUCUUACUUGCAGAUGACGAAACCGUGAAGUCCUUCAAUCUUGCUAGCUACUCUCCAUCGCCUUUGGGGCUCGAGAAGCUACUGUUGGUGGUCAAGGCUUCUAAAAAAUCAGUUCUGAGUUAUUGUAACCUGGACAUAAGCAGUUGUCAUCAGCUGGCUUCCGUUCUCAGCGCUCCAUCCAACCUGAGAUAUUUGGACCUGAGCUAUAACGAAUUGUCAGACGAGGGGGUCGAGAUCCUCUCAAAAGGACAGGCCAGUCCGCACUGCAUCUUACAAGUCCUCAAGCUGUCAUGGUGCAAGAUCACAAAGCGAGGAUGCGUUUCAUUGGCACAGGCUCUCAAGUUAAACCCCUCAUAUCCUCAAGAGCUGGACCUGAGCAAGAACAAUCUGUCGGACGAGGGGGUCGACAUCCUCUUGAAGGGACUGGCCAGUGCACAGAGCAUCUUAACAGUCCUCAACCUGUCAGAGUGCAAGAUCAUAAAGCGAGGAUGUGUUUCAUUGACUGAGGCUCUCAAGUUAAACCCCUCCAUUCUUCAAGAACUGUGCCUGAGCUGGAACAAUCUGUCAGAUGAGGGGGUUGAGAUCCUCUCGGAAGGACUGGCCAGCCCACACUGCAACUUAAAAGUCCUAAACCUGUCAGGGUGCCAGAUCACAAAGCGAGGAUGUGUUUCAUUGGCCGAGGCUCUCAAGUUAAACCCCUCCCAUCUUCAAAAGCUGGACCUGAGCUGGAACAAUCUGUCGGAUGAGGGGGUUGAUAUCCUCUCGAAAGGACUGGCCAGCCCACACUGCAACUUAAAAGUCCUCAAGUAA